CACUCGGCCUGCUCCCGGCCCUGCCACGGCCUGCUCUUUGCCGAGGCCGACCGGGAGGACUUGCUGAGCCUCCUGCGCUAUGAGGGGGGGCUGCCUGAGACCAGCACUGAGACGCCCUUGGCCCGCUCUGACGUCCUGGCUGGGACCAACAUGGAGAUGCUGCAGACUCAGGAGGAACGGGCCACUGUGGAAAAGCCUGAAGGGCUAGAGAGGCCAGAGGGCUCAGAGGAAGCACCUUCUGGCAGCUGGUAUUAUGGAGAGGGGCUCUGCGAGGUCGACUCUGCCUGCAAAGGCAAUCGAGACAGUUCCCCAGAGCCGGCCUGGGUGGCCCUGCCUCCUGCUCCAGCCCGCAAGGCAGAGCAGCCACCCCAAGGCGAAGUGACUAACAGGGAACCCCCAUCCUCCUGCCCAGCCUUCAAAGAGGUUCCAGGCCCUUGCGACCCAGAGGAUCUGCUGGACGGUGUGAUUUUUGGGGCAAAGUACCUGGGCUCCACGCAGCUGGUCUCGGAGAGGAACCCCCCAACCAGCGUCCGCAUGGCGCAGGCCCAGGAGGCAGUGGACAGGAUCAAGGCACCGGAGGGGGAGUCCCAGCCCAUGACGGAAGUGGAUCUGUUUGUCUCCACGCAGAGGAUCAAGGUGCUCACGGCUGACACACAGGAGGCCAUGAUGGAUCACUCCCUCCAGACCAUCUCCUACAUUGCCGACAUCGGCUCCCUCGUGGUGCUCAUGGCGCGCCGGAAACUGCCGCGGCGGUCGGAGGCAGCGGAGGAGAAGCGGCUCUACAAGAUGAUCUGCCACGUCUUCCACUCGGCCGAUGCCCAGAUCAUUGCUCAGGCCAUCGGGCAGGCAUUCGGCGUGGCAUACCAGCGCUUCCUGGAGGCCAACAGCAUCGACCCAAGUGAGCUGAGCCCUCGCCAGUACAGCCGCGCCCUUGAGGACCAGGAGCAGUACAAUGCAGAGCUGACCCACUUCUCCCGACAGGAGAACUGCAAGGACGUCUGCAUCCGGAAGCAGAAGGGGGAGAUCCUGGGCAUCGCCAUCGUGGAGUCGGGCUGGGGCUCCAUCCUGCCCACAGUGGUCAUCGCCAACCUGAUGCACGGGGGCCCUGCAGAGAGGUCGGGCGAGCUGAGCAUUGGGGACCGCCUCAUGUCUGUCAACGGGACCAGCCUGGUGGGGCUGCCCCUCACCACCUGCCAGAGCAUCGUCCGGGAGCUGAAGCACCAGACAGAGGUGACACUGAACAUUGUGCACUGUCCCCCCGUCACCACGGCUGUCAUCCGGCGCCCUGACUCCAAGUACCAGCUGGGCUUCUGUGUUGAGAACGGCGUGAUCUGCAGCCUGAUGCGUGGCGGAAUCGCAGAGAGAGGUGGCAUCCGCGUGGGGCACCGCAUCAUCGAGAUCAACGGGCAGAGCGUGGUGGCAACGCCCCACGAGAAGAUCAUCCAGAUCCUCACGCAGGCGGUCAGCGAGGUGCACAUCAAGACCAUGCCAGCCUCCACGUACCGCUUGCUGACCGGGCAGGAGCAGCCUGUCUUCCUCUGA